AUGUCGCUGAACGCUGUCCAUGAUCGCGGGGCGUACAGCGUCGGCAUUGUUUGCGCGCUAGCGAUUGAGAAAGCUGCAGCUGUCGCCAUGCUUGACAACAAGCACGAGCGCUUGCCGCCUGCUUCAGGCGACGAGAACGACUAUGCUUUCGGGACGAUCGGUGCGCAUGGAGUGGUCAUCGCUUGCCUCCCGGCGGGCACGACCGGCACGGUGUCUGCUGCGGUGGUGGCCCGCGACAUGACUCGCAGCUUUCCGAUCCGCAUCGGUCUGAUGGUGGGCAUCGCAGGUGGGGUGUGGAGCGAAGAGGUAGACGUGCGGCUCGGAGAUGUGGUCGUGAGCCAACCGAACGGCCAGCAUGGCGGAGUAGUGCAGUGGGAUUUCGGCAAAAUCGAGGCCGGUGGAAUCUUUCGACGGACGGGGAUGCUGAGCAAGCCCCCGCGUGAGCUCCUGAACGCUGUGCAAGGCUUGCAGGCGGAACACUUCCUACAGGGUCAUAUGCUGGAGAAACAUCUUGCGGAGAUGCUGUCCAAGUAUCCCGCGAUGGAGGCGUUCGUACACCAGGGCGACGACAAUGACGAACUUUUCGAAGCUAGUUAUGACCACGACCGCGGCAACACAUGUAGGCAGUGCGCUCGCUCGCGCGUGGUGGAGCGGGAAGCACGCCAGAGCUGUCGUCCACGCCUGCAUUAUGGCAAUAUCGCCUCGGGUAACGAAGUUAUGAAGGACGGACGCACGCGUGAUCGGAUUGCGCAGAAGGAGGGCGUGAUCUGCUUCGAGAUGGAAGCGGCGGGUCUGAUGGACUCGUUUCCGUGUGUUGUGAUUCGUGGGAUAUGCGACUACGCCGAUUCGCACAAGAACAAGCGGUGGCAGCCGUAUGCAGCAGCGACAGCGGCAGCAUACGCACGGGAGCUGCUGCUGUGGACGCCCGCCACCGAAGUUGCAAAGAUCCGCCUCGCGCAAGAAGCGACAGAUGUAGCAGCACCUUAUGAUUUCUCCCUCCCUUUCAGCCUGCAAGGCAUCCCGGCGACGGAGCAUUUCGUGCCUCGCAAACCCGAGAUGCAGCGUCUCACCGAGUUUUUCGCAACGACAUCGACGCGGUCGGCGCAGCAGCGGGUAUUUGUCGUACACGGGACAGGCGGGAUGGGCAAGACACAGCUGUGCGCCCAAUUCGCCAAGACGAGCGCAGAGCGGUUCAGCGCGGUGUUCUGGCUCGACGGAUCGUCCAAAGAUGCUCUGCAACGAUCAAUGGCGAGCGCCGGCGCGCGGUUGUCGACGCGUGCACAAGACGCGACGGCAAAGACGGAUGUCGCACAGUUGAUGGCUGACUUCCAGCAAUGGCUGUCACUCCCGGGCAACACGGACUGGUUGAUAGUGAUCGACAACAUCGACCGCGACUGGCAGGGCACAAUGAAGGACGCUCAGGCAUACAACUACCGUGACUUCCUGCCGCAUGCCAAUCACGGGAACGUCUUGAUCACGACACGACUCCAACGGCUGCAACGACCCAACGCUAGCCUUCAUUUAGAUGCCGCCGACGAUCAGCUGGCGACAGAUGGUCGAGACACGCGCAAACAAAGUGGUGACGAGUACGUGCACGUCGAGCAACUACUGCCCAAGCUCGGCGGUCUCCCGCUUGCCCUCGCCCAAGCGGGUGCAUACCUAGGCACGACUGGGAUGAGCGUUGCGGACUAUCUCGAGCAUUACGAUGCGACGUGGACCGCGCUGAUGCAGAACCAAGACCAGUUUCCGCUGCAAGAAUACGGAGAACGGAGCGUGCUUACGACAUGGCAGAUUUCAUACGAGCAGGUGAAAAGCAUGGAUCCCCUCGCAGCCUGGCUGCUUGAUCUCUGGGCAUUCCUCGAUCACGGCGACGUGUGGGCGGAGCUGGUGCUUGGUGGGCAGAGCGAUGAGGUCCAGCACGGUGCUUGCGAAGAUGUAGGCCUCGGGCCGGCGACGAAGCUCUCCUUGCAGCACUCGAUCGGAACGCUCGUCCAGUACUCGAUGGUUAAUAAGAGCACCGCGGAACAAUCACCCGCGAUACAUCCGGUAGUACAUACAUGGUGUCUGCACAGCCUGGACACAUCCACAACACAACAACUAUUAGCGACGGCACUGAGGCUUGUCGCGAAGAUGGCAACAUCGGUCGGUCAAGGGGUUGCCAAGGAGAUUAGAGUGCGACUAGCAGCACAUGCUCAAGCGAUCGGCGCGAAGGAAUCGAUGUUGCUGUUGAAUAAUGAGGAUCAAGCUGGACAAUGUCAUCAAAUUGCAAGCUUUCUCAGCGAUUGGGAGAAGUCUAGAGAAGUGGAGAACCUGUACCAGCGAGCGCUGCGCGGGUAUGAGAAGGCAUGGGGCGCGGAGCACACGUCGACGCUGGACACGGUCAACAAUCUCGGCAGUCUGUACAAGAUUCAAGGCAAGCUGGCGGAGGCGGAGGAGAUGUACUUGCGGGCGCUGCGCGGGAAGGAGAAGGCAUGGGGCGCGGAGCACACUCAUGUCGAUACGAGGCAAUCACUCGGCAUCGCGCAAAACCCGAUGAGGCCAAACGAUGCUGAAGGCAGCAAUAGAACGGACUCCAAGCAGCCCGCCGAGUCGAGCAACGCUGCGAGCUGA